CCCGGGUGGAACGUUUCUAAGAGGAGCGCGGGAACGGAGAAGUGCAGGGUCCGGAAGGUAUCGGGAAGACGUAGAAAAGGUUGCUCCGCUGCCAGGUGCUCCUGGGGAAAGCCGGGGUGCUGCCCCACGGGGGUGCUUCCCCAGGGGCUUCCGGUCCUGGCCGCCGGCUGCCUCCCAAGGGCCCAGUAGGUACCGGGGAAGAUGACAGAGGAACUGGGUCUCCCGGGACAGGACUCUGAUGGCGGUAGUGAGGAGGUGGUCCUAACUCCCGCAGAGCUCAUUGAACGGCUGGAGCAGGCUUGGAUGAAUGAAAAAUUUGCCCCUGACCUUCUGGAAAGCAAGCCUGAAAUUGUGGAAUGUGUCAUGGAACAGUUAGACCACAUGGAAGAAAAUCUCAGGAGAGCAAAGAAGGGGGACCUGAAGAUCAGUAUCCAUCGAAUGGAGAUAGAGAGGAUCCGUUAUGUCCUUAGCAGCUACUUGCGGUGUCGGCUCAUGAAGAUAGAGAAGUUUUUUCCUCAUGUCCUUGAAAAGGAGAGAACACGCCAUGAGGAGGAGCCUUCCAGCCUUUCUCCAGAAGAGUUUGCCUUUGCCAAAGAGUACAUGGUGAACAUAGAGACCUAUCUAAAGAAUGUAGCCUUAAAGCAUAUGCCUCCUAAUUUACAGAAAGUGGACCUCUUGAGGUCAGUUCCCAAACCGGAUCUAGAUUCAUAUGUGUUUCUGAGAGUGAAAGAAAGACAAGAAAACAUCCUGGUAGAACCGGAAACAGAUGAGCAGAGGGACUAUGUGAUUGACUUGGAGGAAGGCUCGCAGCACUUGAUCCGAUAUAAAACCAUUGCGCCUCUAGUUGCUUCUGGAGCUGUACAACUAAUUUAAAACCAAAAAUAAAUAAACAAGAAUGAAGACAUUGAACCUUAGAGAAAAUAUUUAGAAACCUCACUUAUCACUCUGUGUCUAAGGACAACAGGCUUUUGUCAGCAGUGCUGUGAGUCACUUGGGCACUGAGAAGGCACUCAAGGUUCCUAACUUGCGCGUGCCCUAACUUCCUGCCGGUUUAUGUAGAAUCAGCAGGUGGGGCCAUCGCUCUGUUCAGUCUAUACUGGGCAAGUACAUGACUGACUCACUUUGUGCACCUGUUCCCUUUGUGGCAUUUUUU